CAAUCCCCCGCGGCCCUCCACAUUCGGAUCGUCUGCGUUGAGUGUCAAACCCAAGAUGGCACUUCACAGGUUAUUCCAGCUGUCCUCCGUGCUGCGCUCCGCGGUGAGCCUGACCCUGCGCAGGAACAUCGGCAUCUCUGCUGUCCUCUUCAACCGGGCCAAGGAGCUCGACCCCGUCCAGAAACUGUUCCUGGACAAGAUCCGCGACUACAGCAACAAGAGCAAGGCUGCAGGUGGCGUGGUGGAGGCAGGACCCUCCUACCAGAAGAGCCUGUCUGAGGAGGUCACCAAGCUGCAGCGGCUAUACGGAGGAGGUGACCUCACCAAGUUCCCCGAUUUCAAGUUCUCAGAGCCCAAGUUUGACGAAGGAGCCAAGUGAAUGCUGUCCAUGUUGUUUAUCUCCUUCAUGUCACCAUUAUAUUGUAUUUAAUAAAAAGAGUUACGGCUCUCGGGGAC